CAGACGAGGCUGGAAGUGGAGCAGCGGAGGCGGAGGCUUGAGCGGAGCAAUGCCUAAGUCAAAGGAACUUGUUUCUUCAAGUUCUUCUGACAGUGAGGUGGACAAAAAGUUAAAAAGGAAAAAGCAAGUUACUCCAGAAAAACCUGUAAAAAAGCAAAAGACUGGUGAAACUUCUAGAGCCCUGGCCUCCUCUAAGCAAAGCAGCAGCAGCAGAGAUGACAAUAUGUUUCAGAUUGGGAAGAUGCAGUACAUGAGUGUCUGGGACUUUAAAGGGAAAGUCCUAAUUGAUGUUAGAAAAUACUGGAUGGAUACGGAAGGAGAAAUGAAACCAGGAAGAAAAGGUAUUUCUUUAAAUCCUGAGCAAUGGAGCCAGCUGAAGGAACAGAUUUCUGACAUUGAUGAUGCAGUAAGAAAACUGUAAAAUCAGAGCCAUAUAAUGCCUGUCCUGUUCUAGUUGUUUUAAUCUGUCUUUUACAUUGGCUUAUGUUUGCUAAAUGUUGUUUUCCAAGCUAUUGUAUAUUUGGAUUGCAGAAUUAUUUUUUAAGAUGAAGAUUUUUUUUACGUGCAUUAUUAAAAAUGUUCUGAGUGAAGCUAAUUGUCACUUUUAUUAAGGAGGAUUGCUUUGUGUCUACCAUGUGUAGUGUAAAAUAAAAUCACAUAACACUAUCUUAACUGUUGUGACCUUUUUUGAUAAGAAUCAGUAACUGCCUAAUGCCCAGAGUCUAGUAUGCUGAUCUUUUCAUUUCAAUUUUUAUGUUUAAAAGGGUUUGCAUUGUAUUUCAUUUAGAAACAUUUGUGAAAUUUAUAGCUGAUCAAUUUCUUCAAAGCAAAUGUCUAGACUUAUUUUCUCCAGUAAUCCUUCUUUUCCCUGUUUCUCUUGAUUUCAUUUUCCAUAAUUUCUGUAGGUUUUGUUCUCAGUUGACAUUUUGCUGUUUUCUUCAAUUUCAUUAAUUUGAAAAGUCUUUCUAAAACUGUCAAGAUGUUAUCCUAAGUACUUGUGACUAAAAUACUACAUGAGAACUUCAAUCACUGGCCUACUGUUUAAAUGUUCAGAGAUCCAGAUUGAUAAAACACCAUUAGUUCGUAUGGCAGUGGGGCCAGUCAGUGUUUGUCAUUCACUAGUGUUCUCUGUGUACUUAAUUUAAUGCUUAGUGUUGGAAAAAUAACUUGGGUUAUUUGCUUUCUGAUUUCUGAUCAAAUAUUUUCUGAUUUGCUUUCUCUUCCUUAACAUGUUCACCAUGGGACGAUGUCUAUAAAUCCAAGUCCUGUAAAGUAGAUUAGGUUGUAAUAAAGAUUGUGAAAACUUAAAAAAAAA